AUGGCGCUCAGUCCGCUGCGCAAGCGCGUCGCGUACUUCUACGACCCGGACAUCGGGAGCUACUACUAUGGCCCCGGGCAUCCAAUGAAGCCUCAGCGAAUUCGCAUGGCGCAUGCACUUGUUCUCUCCUACGAUCUGUACAAGCAUAUGGAAGUGUACAGACCCCACAAGUCGAUCGAGCCCGAGCUGUGCCUGUUUCACUCCAGCGACUACAUCUCCUUUCUCUCGUCUGUGUCUCCUGAGAACUACAAGGAAUUUUCUCUCCAACUCAAAAACUUCAAUGUGGGCGAGGCCACGGACUGCCCCGUCUUCGACGGCCUCUUCACCUUCCAGCAAGCAUGUGCAGGCGCGUCGAUCGAUGCAGCGAAGAAGUUGAAUCACCACCAGGCAGACAUUUGCGUGAACUGGUCUGGUGGGCUGCACCACGCAAAACGCUCGGAAGCCUCCGGUUUCUGCUACAUCAACGACAUCGUUUUGGGGAUUCUCGAGCUGCUGAAGUACCACGCCCGGGUGAUGUACAUCGACAUCGACAUCCACCACGGCGACGGCGUCGAGGAGGCGUUCUACGUGUCGCACCGCGUAAUGACUGUCUCCUUCCACAAAUUCGGAGACUUUUUCCCGGGAACCGGCGACGUGACCGACGUGGGUGCCAGCCAGGGGAAAUACUACGCGGUGAACGUCCCGCUGAACGACGGGAUGGACGACGACUCCUUCGUCGCUCUGUUUAAGCCGGUGAUCACCAAGUGCGUCGACGUGUACCGGCCGGGCGCGAUCGUGCUCCAGUGCGGCGCCGACAGUCUGACGGGGGACCGGCUCGGCAAGUUCAACUUGACCAUCAAGGGCCACGCUGCGUGCGUCGCGUUCGUGAAGUCCCUGGACAUUCCGCUGCUCGUCCUCGGCGGUGGCGGGUACACCAUUCGGAACGUCGCCAGGUGCUGGGCGUACGAGACGGGCGUGGUUCUCGACCGACACCGCGAGAUGUCUCCGCACGUGCCUUUGAACGAUUACUACGACUACUAUGCGCCUGACUUCCAACUACAUCUCACGCCGUCGUCGAUCCCGAACUCGAACUCCCCUGAACACCUCGAGAAAAUCAAAACGCGCGUCCUCUCCAACCUCGGCUACCUCGAGCACGCCCCUGGCGUCCAGUUCGCCUACGUCCCGCCCGACUUCUUCGGGGAAGACAACGACGACGAAGACGAGUUCAUGCAAAACCAAGUCGAGAACGAGGGAGGCGGCAGAGCCGCUGGCGCCUCGACUGCGACCUCAGCUGCGCCCUACAGAAUCCGCAGAAAAGACUACGCAAACGAUUUCGAAGAUAUGGCCGACAGGGACCAGAAAGUGCCGAUCUAA